AGCUCUGACGUGGGAGAAGGCUAUAAAUGUUUGACUGGUAUUACUUCUCUCAUACACAUUUGGUCAUAGAAGAGUGAAGAUGAAGGGCUAUAUUUUGCUGGGUUUAAUAUUUCUGCUCCCUGUCACAGUUAUUGGACAAUAUACGUCACCAGAUUUGACAUUGUGUGUAGGAAUAAAGGACUUUGAAGUGUGCAGGACACAUUUACCACCUAAAUGCAGUGACAAGAGCAAAUGCUACUGUAAGGACAAUAAAGCAUUUUGUAGGUGUAACAACUACAUAAACACGUGGUACAUAGGGGAAAAUUGCGACUUUGAGUGGACCAUCUUGACUUUCGCCCUGGUAGCAACUCUACCAGGAUUGGCCCUGGCUGCUAUUGUUGGUGUGACGGUCCAGUGUGUCCAUUACUCAAGGAAACCAGCUGAGAAACAAAAGGAUCGGACAGUGGGUUACACAAAUAAUGCAAUGUCACCAACAACAUAUGAUAGAAAUAACCAAGAUGACAUGUUCACCAACACUGUGUUUGCCUCAGACAUGCCGAAUCGGCCAAAGCCCUCCAGUAUUCAGCCCACCCAGGAGAGGUUUCCCAUGGCCAACUUACCCAACAGCCCUUACAGCCCCCAACCAAACGGCAUGCGGCCCACUUUAGAUAGAUCAUCUUUGACAAACCUUACAAGCCAGCCGUACAGCCCUUCACCAAACAGUAUUCGACCCUCUUUAGAUAGAUCGUCUUUGGCCUAUCCUCCAAGCCAGCCAUACAACUAUGCUACAGGUAUGACACAGCCCCUGGGUAACCCCUAUCCCAAGUCUCCAUCGCCAAGAAACCCGUAUGAAGACAGAGCGCCACCUCCAGACCGUUAUGACGACCAGCAUAUGAGACCAACACAGCCCCCACCUGGAUACAACGGCAUGAUGAGAGAAGGCAUGUCUGGGUAUCCUGUGCCCAGUUCACCUGCUCCCCUCUACUCAGCUGCGGAGUACAACCCCAGGUCCCAGUUUCCCCGAGCCCAGAUGGGGAGACUCUACUGAGGACAAACAGAGGGACCCUGGACUGAACUUGGAAGGAAGUGGAGCUCCACCAAUUUCACUAUUACAAUGACCAAAAUAGAAUUCAUAUCUAAUUUCAAUUUUCAUUUAACAUAGUAAACACUUUAAAUUUAAAGGCAAUGUUCCCACAUUCACAGAAAAAUUACCUUUAAAUGUUAAUCGCGCAAUAAGAUGGAUCUUCUGUGCUACGGAUUUAAUCUAGGCCUUAGUAACAGGUUUGGGGUCAAUUCCAAUUUCAUUUGAAAUUCCAAUUCAAUUCUUGAAUUCACUCAUGAAGUGGAGAAUUUACAUUGAAUUCAAUUCCAAUUUCAACAAUCUUCAAGUUAUGGAAUUUAACUGUUUGAGUAGGAAUUGUAAAAUAAAAACAAAUCUUUGGAA